UGAGUGAGAUUUGAAAAAGAGACAAUGGCAGUUGAUCUCUCUCCCGUGUUGGCAAAGAAACUCUAUGGUGGUAAUGGUGGAUCGUACUACACAUGGUUACCUUCUGAACUUCCCAUGCUUCAUGAAGGCAACAUCGGAGCAGCGAAGCUUGCCCUAGAGAAGAAUGGCUUCGCCCUUCCUAGUUACUCUGAUUCCGCUAAGGUCGCUUAUGUUAUACAAGGAUCCGGUAGGGUUGGAAUCGUUCUUCCCGAAUCUGAGGAGACGGUGAUCCCGAUCAAGAAGGGUGACUCACUUGCCCUCCCAUUCGGUGUCGUGACCUGGUGGUUCAACAACCAGGACGAGGAACUCGUCGUUCUGUUCCUAGGUGAUACCUCUAAAUCUCGCAAAAGGGGUGAGUUCACCGAAUUCUAUCUCACUGGUUCGAAUGGAUUCCUCAAUGGGUUAUCGACCGAGUUUGUGGGCCGAGCAUUUGACCUGCCGGAGGAUAAAGCGAAGGCGCUCGUUGGAAGCCAACCAGGCACCGGCAUUGUGAAGCUGAAGGAAGGAUUGAGCUUGCCAGAGCCCAAGGCAGAACUCAGAGAAGGGUUGGCUCUCAACUGUGAGGAAGCGCCCUUGGAUGUUGACAUCAAGAAUGGUGGUCGUGUUGUGGUGUUGAACACUCAAAAUCUGCCUUUGGUGGGACAAGUUGGACUUGGUGCGGAUCUUGUCAGGAUCGAUGGACAUGCUAUGUGUUCCCCUGGUUUCUCUUGCGACUCUGCCUAUCAGGUGACUUACGUGCUGAAGGGCAGCGGCCGUGUUCAGGUCGUCGGUGUUGAUGGUAAACGUGUUCUUGAGACCACUCUCAAGGCUGGUAACUUGUUUAUUGUUCCAAGGUUCCAUGUGGUCUCCAAGAUUGCCGACAAUGAUGGCAUGCAUUGGUUCUCCAUCAUCAGCACUCCAAAUCCCGUAUUCACCCAUAUGGCUGGGGCUACCUCUGUGUGGAAAGCUUUGUCUCCUCAAGUGCUUGAGGGGGCUUUCAAUGUGGAUCCUGAACUAGAGAAACUAUUCCGAUCGAAGAGGACACAAGAUGCCAUCUUCUUCCCUCCUGCAAAUUAAGGAAC